GGGUACCCGAGCGUGCUGGGCCACGGCGGGGUGAGGUUGCGCGGGGCGGCGGCCUGAUUUGGCACCCUUCAAAUCAAGCUGUCCUUAGCGGCCUCUCCCCUCCAGUGCGAAGGAUUCGGAGGAAACUUGGCGUGCUCUCCGCGCCGGCGGUCGGGACACACAGCCCUGACUGAGAAAAUGUGCUGUGUCAUGUGUGCCUAUCGGAGAGUGCAUCACCAGUCCUGAACUUAUUGGUCCUUUGUGAAGUCCAGAUAGUAAGAAUUCUAACCAGACACAAUGACCACACAAGCUUGUAAGAGGAGGAGGUCAGUUUGCAUCAGCAGCGGAUCCGAAGAUUCGGGUACAGAUUCAGAGGUUGAGGAAAGUAGACUGUCUAAAAAAUCUGGGAUGGUGUCAAUUUCUUCAUGUGAGCACCGGCCAUCCUCUAGCAACAAGGCUGAAAGCAUGAAUGUUAUUAAGACAAGGGCGUGUAGAAAUAUUCUGGGGAAGCUCAUGGCUCACCCAGGUGGUUGGCUCUUUCAUCAACCGGUUGACCCAGUCCUAUUUGGGAUUCCUGAUUACUUUGAUGUUAUCCGUAAUCCUAUGGACUUGGGCACUGUUAAGAAGAAACUCACAAACAAGUGUUACUUUAGCACUGAUGAUUUUGCAGCAGAUGUGAGGUUAACUUUUUCGAACGCAAUGAAGUAUAAUCCUCCCGGAAAUCAGGUUCACUCAGUAGCUGAACAGCUAAAUAUAAUGUUCGAUUCAGAAUGGAAACUGUAUGAAAGAAAAUGGAGCGACAGAAAUCUGGUGCUAGGGCAGCUGCAGAUGAAGGUAAUUAAGGGUCGUGCUCCUGUAAAUUCAAAGCCAGUGAUUUCUAGAGGGCUGGUCUCAUGCUCGAAUUCAAUGGCAAAGAAGACAUUGACAGAUGCAAUAUCUUCCAAAGUAAAAAUUAAGUUUUCUGUGCGGGGCUCAGGGCAGACCUUGUCCAAAGGUGAUAUUGAUGCACCUUUUCAAGCAACUGGUAGCAGAAACAGCUCUUUAAAUAUUUCCAUCCCUUGCACCAAGGAGAGUGCUAAAAUAUCAAAGGUGCGGCCGAGUAAGGACAGCUCUCAGUCAAAUGGAAAUGGAUCUCGGUCUUGCAGAGACACUUCUACUUCGCCUCUUGCUUCAUAUGGACUAGGAGAUGGAAGUUAUUUACAUGAUGAACCUUUGUCACCAACCAAAGCCCUCCGUGCAGCAAUGCUAAAGAGUCGUUUUGCUGGAACAAUCGUGAAGGCACAGCAAAAGGCACUUCUGGACCAUGGACAGCAAAUAGACCCUGCAAAAUUACAGAUGGAAAAGGAAAGGCUGGAAAAAAGGCAGCAAGAAGAGAAAGAAAGGAUUGAGGCCCAGGUCAAGGCUGCUGAAGCCGCUGCACAGUUCAAGUUCGAUGAAGAAAUGAGGAUGAAGAGGGAGCGGGAAAGAAAGGCAGCACGCCUGGCACUACACAUGAUGAAGAAGACGGUUGAUAUUGACAACAGCGAUUUACUAAAGGACCUUGAAAAUAUGAGCAAAAAGUGGGAACUGAACCCUCCUGGCAAACUGAUUGUGGAUUUUGUCGAUGGGAUGGAGCUUCCGCCUGGCCUGGGCAGCCCACUCGAGAGGCUUGGCCUUUUCAUGAAGAAAGAUCUUGAAGAAGAGGUCGAGCAUGAAAUGGAGGACAGCAUAUCACCCUCCAUGGAUGUCGAUGUGGAGGAUGGAGAGAUUGGCUGCUGCGGCUAGCAUGUCUCGUAAGCAUCCAUUUUUUUCUUCGACGGGGCUAUAAGAUUAUGUGAUUCUAUCCUGCAACGAAGCUAUGUCAUAAGCGGAGUAGACAGUUCUUGU